AUGAUACGCGCCGUGUUCCGCGGCGAGAUUUGCGACUCGUCUCGCUCUCGGGUUCAAGGAGUUGGACGCUGUCGCCACUGGCUCUUCGCGGACGCGCUUGUAACAAGUUCCGUCGCGCGGGGGAAAGCGCUGCCAAUCCGCGCGGAGGACGCGCGGGCGGAGAGACUUGUGGGGAAUGCGGAGAAGGACCCGCGCGGGGAUGCGGAGGAGGGCGCGCGGGGAGCGCUGCGGAGAGACAUGUUUCCGCCCGGGUUUCUGUUUGGCACCGCCACUGCCGCCUACCAGGUGCGGGGGUCAGGGGGAAGCAUGAGGGGGGAGAGGAGGGAGCGCAGGCAACGGUGGAGUAGUGGGGGAAGGAGAGGGAAGGAGGGAUGGCGGAAGGGCAUGAGGCCAGACGUGUUGGUGGAGGGGGCAGCGCGGGAAGGAGGGCGAGGAGCCAGCAUCUGGGACGUGUUCGCCCACACGCCAGGAAGGACACACAACGGGGACACAGGUGACGUGGCGUGCGAUCAAUACCACCGAUACGAGGAGGACGUGGCACUGAUGAGGCAUUUGGGCUUCUCAGCCUACCGCUUCUCCAUCAGCUGGUCGCGCAUCCUCCCGUGUGCGUCUGCUUUCCUCGCCUUGUGCACUCCACAGCACACUCCGUGCGAGGCGGAUGAAAAAUUGUCCUCGGGGCGGCAGCCAGUGAACCAGGAGGGCGUGGAGUAUUACAACCGCCUCAUUGACUGCUUGCUCCGUAAUGGCAUCACGCCGUGUGUGACGCUCUUCCACUGGGACCUGCCGCAGGCACUGGAGGAGGAGUUUGGCGGAUUCAGAGGCGAGGCCAUCGUUGGUGCAUUUCAGGACUACGCGCACCUCUGCUUCUCUCUCUUGGGCGACAGAGUGCCCUACUGGCUCACCUUCAACGAGCCCUACACCUUUGCCACCAAGGGCUAUGCCGUGGCAAACUUUGCUCACAACUGUUGCCCCCUCCCCUCCCCUCCCUUCCUCCUUCCAGUGGUGCGUUCUGGGAGUACGCCUCACUCUGCUUCUCCCUGUUCGGAGACAGGGGAAUAUGCACGGCUCUGCUUCUCUCUCUUGGGCGACAGAGUGCCCUACUGGCUCACCUUCAACGAGCCCUACACCUUUGCCCUCAAGGGCUACGCCGUGGGGGACUUUGCGCCCGGGCGCUGCUCCGACCGGCAGUGCUGUGCGGAGGGCGAUGGGGCGGUGGAGCCGUAUGUGGUGGUGCACCACAUGCUGCUGGCUCACGCUGCUGCUGUGGACUGUUAUAGGAGGGAAUUCGAGCCACCCCUCUCCCACUGUCCCUUGCUCCCUCCUCCAAUUCGUCCUUCUCCACUGCUUCCAACGCCCCAUCGUCCACCACCACAGCAGGGGGGGCAAAUCGGCAUUGCGGUGGACAGCGAAUGGGCGGAGCCUUUCUCUCAGCACCCAGAUGACGUGGCAGCUGCUGAUAGGCGCAUGCAGUUCAACCUCGGAUGGCUGCUGCACCCCAUAUUCUUUGGCGCCUAUCCACCCGCCAUGCGCCACUACGUGGGCCCCCGCCUGCCCUCCUUCUCCCCCUUACAAGCUGCCUCGCUUAAAGGCAGUGUGGACUUUGUGGGGCUCAACCACUACACGUCCAGAUACAUUGCACAUGCAGAUGCGCGAGAGGGGGGCGAGAAAGGCAGGCUGUGGAGCUACUUUGAUGAUCAGCAUGUUACUGUUCAUGUUGAACGUGAUGGCCGCCUGAUUGGCCAGCAGGCGGCGUCCCCAUGGCUGUACGAGGUGCCGUGGGGCUUCCAGAAGCUGCUCAUGCACAUCACCACCACAUACGGGGCACCACCCAUCUACAUCACAGAGAAUGGUCUAGAUGAAGGGGACGACCCAUCGCUGCCGCUGCACGUGGCCACCAGUGACCCGCACCGCAUCCGCUACUACCACGCGUACCUCUCGCAUCUUCUCCGCGCAAUAAGGCAAGGGGCGGAUGUGCGGGGGUACAUGGCAUGGUCGUGGAUGGACAACUUCGAGUGGCAGAUGGGGAACUCGCGCCGCUUUGGCCUCGUGCAUGUGGACCGCACCCGUGGGUUGAAAAGAACACCCAAAGCGUCUGCGCUCUGGUGGCAGGGGCUUUUAUCGGGGAUGCUUGUGUAUGAUUCAUAG